ACUUUUUGUUAACCAUUCAUUCAUACGUACAUUACACGAAUCUCUCUCUCCAAAUACUAUCCGGAAGAUGAAGAAGAUUGGUGGUGAUAUUAUUCAUUGUUGUUCAUCUUCGUGAUUACAGACUUUGAUAAUUCAACAGUUGAGAAGAGGAAAUACAGGCGAUCGAUUAUAUAAUUAGAUAUCAUCCAUCAUGUACGCUUCGUCAUCAAGCGGUUCGGAAGACGAGGAUGAGAGUAUUGAUUCAUACAGGAAGGGCGGUUAUCACGCGGUUAGAAUCGGAGAUUCAUUUCAUGCUGGGAGAUACAUUGCUCAGAGGAAACUUGGCUGGGGACAGUUUUCCACCGUUUGGCUUGCUUAUGAUACAAAGAACUCUGACUAUGUAGCUCUUAAAAUCCAGAAAAGUGCACCACAAUUUUCUCAAGCAGCUCUCCACGAAAUCGAAAUCCUUUCAGCCAUUGCUGACAGUGAUCCUUCGCAUAAUAAAUGUGUUUUAAGAUUAAUUGAUCAUUUCAAACAUGCCGGCCCAAAUGGACAACAUCUAUGCAUGGUUCUUGAACUUCUUGGUGACACCUUACUCCGGUUAAUCAAAUAUACCCGUUACAAAGGCCUUGAAUUGAAUAAAGUCAGAGAGAUAUCCAAAUGCAUUUUGAUUGGUUUAGAUUACCUACAUAGAGAACUCGGGAUUAUACACUCUGAUCUAAAACCCGAAAAUAUCCUUCUCGUUUCGACUAUAGAUCCUGUCAAGGAUCCAAUCAGGUCGAGUCUUACCCCUAUUCUUGAGAGGCCUGAGGGUAACCAAAAUGGAGGAAGCAGUAUAAACAUUAUUGAGAAAAAGUUAAAGAGAAGGGCAAGAAGAGCGGUAGCUAGAAUAGCGGGAAGACGAGAUUCAACGAUGGAAUCGGAAGGAAAUGGAAAAACGAAGAGAAGUUUGGAUGGGAUCGAUGUUAGGUGCAGGGUUGUGGACUUUGGAAAUGCUUGUUGGGGAGAUAAACCGUUUGCUGAUGAAAUUCAAACGAGACAGUAUAGAGCACCCGAGGUUAUAUUACGUUCUGGUUAUUCUUUCUCUGCUGAUAUGUGGUCUUUUGCUUGCACUGCUUUUGAGUUGGCUACUGGUGAGAUGAUGUUUACUCCUAAUGAAGGUCAAGGAUUCAGUGAAGAUGAGGAUCAUCUUGCUUUAAUGAUGGAACUACUGGGAAAGAUGCCGAAAAAGAUUGCCAUAGGAGGAGCUCUGUCGAGAGAGUAUUUUGACAGACACGGGGAUCUUAAGAGGAUCAGAAGGCUAAAAUACACUUCAUUAGAUCAAUUCCUCGUUGACAAAUACCAUUUCUCUACUUCAGAUGCGAAAGAAUUCGCCGAUUUCUUAUCGCCUCUUCUCGAUUUUGCACCCGAGAAGAGACCAACAGCCGAACAGUCUCUGCAACACCCAUGGCUAAGUAAUGUAGAUGUAGCAGUAGGGAUGAGCAAACUUCAGAUCGACUGACUAACGGAAAAUAAUCGACUGACUAACGGAAAAUAAUCCGGUAAAGAAAUGACUGUUUUGCCCCUCACUCAUUUUAACUGUAAGAUUGUUUUCAUGAUUUGUGUUUAAAUGUUGUUAUUAUAUAUCCCUUAUGGUUCAAUUUUGUUGUUUAAAUUUGUAAUAAGAAAUGUGUCUUUUUUUUUAUAAUGUUAACAAGCAUGUAUAGUAUAGUGUGUUCAAUUACUAGUGAGAACUUGUGGUUUAGAA